CCGCAAUAGAAUCUUUGGCAGCUGCCUUGACACGCCUUUUGUUGUCUCGCCUGCUUGCCUAGCUAGAGUCUUGCCUGAUGCUACCAUAGCGGGCAUCACCCCAUCAACAACCGGACAGCUGUCAAGUCUACAACACAGCAAACGUCAGCUUCGAAGCGAGAAGUGACGGCCUGCUCUCUGCCAGGAUGAGUGGCGACGGCGAUGGUUUCAACCCUGCUGCAGUGGCUCAGCCAGUAGAAGAUGUGCAAGGAGAUGGGCGGUGGAUGUCACAGCACACUCGAUUUGUGCAGGAGUGCAAGGAUGGAGAACCUGAUGUGCUUUUUGUGGGGGACUCUAUGGUACAACUAAUGCAGCAAUAUGAGGUCUGGAGGGAGUUGUUCUCACCACUUCACGCCCUCAACUUUGGCAUUGGAGGCGACACCACCUGUAACGUGUUGUGGCGGCUGCAGAACGGAGAGCUGGAAAACAUCCGUCCCAAGAUUGUAGUGGUGUGGGUAGGAACCAACAAUCAUGAACACACAGCAGAACAAGCUGCUGGAGGAAUUCUCUCUAUUGCAAAGCUGCUCACGUCCUGUCUCCCCAAAGCAAAAGUAGUCGUGCUGGGUUUAUUACCACGGGGGGAGCGCCCAAACCCUCUGAGGGAGAAGAACGCCGGUAUCAACAACUUUCUGCGCUCUUGGCUGCCGGGCUUGGCCCAGGCCCAGUUCCUGGACGUGAGCGGACAGUUCGUCCACUCCGAUGGAACCAUCAGUCCGCAGGACAUGUUCGACUUUCUACACCUGACGUCGACGGGUUACCGCAUGGUGGCCAAGCCCCUCAGCGACCUGCUGCUUCAGAUACUUGAGGAGACGCCAGAGGAGCGAAGGGCGUCGCUGGUUUGAGUGUCCGAGGCCGAGCAGCGCCGGGGUCACUUGAAGGAAUGGGGGAGACGUGCCUCUGGCUUCAAUAGGAGAAAGGCGCUGCGUGAUGUCAUGGCGUUGAUGAGUGGGGGGUUAGCGUGGGUGCUCUAGAGGAAGAGAGAGACAAAUGACUUACUGCCUGAGACCUUGUGUGACCGCGCUGUCAAAUCACAUGAAGUAUUCCCCUGUGCACCACCGAUAGGAGACAAACUACUACAAACAUUGUUUUCUUCCUCUAAUAUGUCUUCACAGGAAAAGGCUGGCUGCUUUGCAACAUGAGAUAUAGUCUGGUCAAAAGGAAACACAAAAAAAUCUGUCAUGCAAUAAAAUGUGUACAGCGUGCUUAAAAUCCUUCCAUAAUCACUUCAAAAACAGCACAAAUUAUAUUGUGGUAGUGUAUCACUUUAAUACUUAAUGUACUCUUUCAGUGACUAUCUUGUGUUUUACAACAACAAGAAGUUGAAUUAUAGUUUUUGUGAAUGGGACUUUAUUGAGCGACAUGCUGUUUAUUAUUUUCAAGUAAAGAUCCUACACGCAUAUAGAACCUUUCAACGAGGCUGUAUCAUACACGCUGAUGGACAAUGACACUCACUCCCUGCCACAGUUGGAUGAAUACAGUAUUUUAUUUCUUUUCAUUCUGUGACCUUUUUUUUACUGUGUCUCCUUUUUUGUUUUUGUCCCUCUCAACCCCACAUUUUGUUUUUCCACAUCUUUUUCAAUGCUUGUAGGAAUAAAAGUUGCAAAAGCUACUGAAAUAUUAUUACACCAUCAUGCAAAACAAAAAGUUCUGUCAUCGAGCUUAUGCUAAAGCGUCAAUAUGACACAAUAAGUCGCAUACUGAGCUCCAAAUUAUACUGCUGUCUUAAUGUGAAUGGAUUAUGGAUGCGUGUGUGCGCCUUUAAUGUCUAUGGAAGCAGUUGUGUACAGUACAGUAUGACUGAAAUCUGCUUCGAGCCGUGCAGGUGUGUAGAAGUGCCCCUGGUUGUAAAUAAGUGAUGUGAAUCUUGGAGAGAAAAAAAAAGGAUGUUUGACAGGGGGUUUAGAUUGUGGGCGUCUGUAGGUGUGAUACUUGUGCACUUGGUUGGCCUGUUGUCUUGUUGAGGUAAAACAUUCCAAUAAAAACAUGGAUGUCAUGA